GAAAUAUAUGAAGGGAUGAGAGCAAGAAAGUCAAGAAAGCCAUACUUUCCUUUGUUUUUAUCUUUAAAGCCUCUUUGGUUUGUUCUUCUUUCUUUUGCAAAUCUUCAUUUCUCCGGUCAAAUUCUGAAAACGCGUAAGCUCUCUUUCUCGUUAAAAGGUUUAAUAAUGGAUGAUCACAAUAAUGAUAAUCAUCAUCAGCAUCAUCUAGGUGUGAAUAAGAUGGGAAAAAACAUCCGUAAAGAGCCAUCAAAUCAGCAAAAUCAACAACAAAAUCCUCAAGCUUUGGUUUAUAACAUCAACAAGACCGAUUUCAGAUCCAUUGUUCAACAGUUAACCGGACUCGGCUCAGCUUCUUCUGUCAAUCCUCCACAGUCAACAAACUCAAACCCACCAAAACCUCCAAAUUCACGGUUGGUCAAAGUUAGACCAGCUCCUUUGACUCAAGUCAACCGCCCUCCACCUCCACCUCCACAUCCAGUUCAAUCGAAUCCAAUGGCCUCUGAACCGGUUCAGCCUAUUAACCAAUUAUCAAUCAACCCGGCCGAAUCUCCAAUCUCGGCUUAUAUGCGUUACCUGAUCGAAUCAAGCCCUGUUGGAAACCAACCUCAACCACACGACCAAAACCCGGUUCAGCCAUCAACUGGUUUGUUUCCUUCACAACAAACCGGUCCUAAUCCAAUGCUAUUCCAGUCUCCAGUUUCGCAGUUUGUUUUGUCGCCGACGCCUAGAUCGCCGUUUCCAUUAUUAUCACCCAAUUUCGCGUUUUCACCGCGGUUUUUAGGCAGUAACGAGUCUCUACCUCCGCCGUCACCAGGCUUUUUCUUCCCUUUGCUCAGUCCAUUAUGGAAAAAUCAAUAGCUUAUUAGUAGUGUGUAUAAAUAGUCUUGUAAACACAAUGUAACAUGUAUUAGGAAGACAAUUGCUCAUUUCGAUUUAUGUAUUGGAUAAUUGGAGUGCUGCGUUUGGAUUUAAUGCUUGAAAAUCAACUUUUUU